UAAACUUAAUUUUUUAAUUUUCUAUUAACUUAUUAUAAACAUAGAAUUCAUAAAUAUAUUUUAUAGGUGCUUCCUGUUGGAAGUAGAAUCGGGAUUGACCCAUUACUGAUAAGUUAUGGUAAGUUAUUUUAUGCCUAUUGUUUGCUUAAAACUGAAUUUGAUUAUAGAUAAUAUUGUUGAACAUAUGUUAUUGUUGAUCAUUCAUUAUAUAAUGCAUGCAUAAUAAUUUCAAUUUAAAAUUUGGUUCAUUUGCACUAAUUUCGUAUUAUAGAAACCACAUAGAAGAUAUAAAGCAGGGCUCGGCGGAGUCACUUUUCUCACUUAAAGUCAAUGUCUUAAAAAAUAGUAACUUUUAUUUACUAUUUUUAAGCUCUUGUCACUUAUCUAACUUUUUUUUUAAUUGCGUUCCACAAUUUUCCUUUUUCAAUCCCAUAAAAAACUUCGCUUUCCCCUCCCCCUUAUUGUCCUGUCCUAGUGCCUCACCCAAAUGGGUGAUGGUAAAGCGCCAAUAAAAUUGCUGAUUCGCGAAAUCAGCGUAAGGAGUUUCAAAUGCUAUAUGACGUCACAGCUAGAAAUUUCACGUUCAUCUGGUUCAUUCAUCAUCUAUCCUACUUUCGUCUGUUCUGCUUUGGAUUUUGGAAUUUUAUGGAAAUUGGAAUUUCAUUUUCUAGAAUGCGCUGGAUGCAUGGGACUUGUUUUUCUAAUACAAGGUUUUAACUGUUAAUGAUGGGUAAAUGCACAUUUAAUCCAAUAUGGCUUAAGAAAGAUGAUGAUACAGACAAAGAAGUAUCAGAAUGGGGAAAGAAACACGAUGAUUAUUCUAUCUUCUGUCAAGUUUGUUCAUCUACUGUGAAUAUCUCUAAUAAGGGAUUUCUAACAAUAUCUCAGCAUGUUGGCACAAAAAUGCAUCAAGAACAAAUGGACGUUAAAAAGAAUCCGCUUCAAUUUCGUUUGUUUAACAACAUAUCUACAAAUGAGGAAAUGCGAGCUGCAAGUAGCAGAACAAACACUCUCCGUACCAUUUAUCUUCAUAAUGAAAAGGAAUCUGCUACUGUUGCUGAACAUAUAUGGGCAAUGAAAACUGUUGCAUCAAAUUAUUCUGCAGCAUCAUUUUCUGGCAUUGUAGCAACUUUUAAAGCUAUGUUUCCUAACAGUAUUCCACCUUCCUUUUCAUUAAAUCUUCAUCAUUAGCAGAAGUCACGGAUGAAAUGAAACUUCCACUAGCCAAAUUGUUGAUGUUGUGGAGUGACUGUCCCAGUGUUAACAAGAAAGUUAAUAGGUUGAUGAAUGAAGAAGUAAAACUUGUAUCGGACAGAGAGCUUUAGAAAAAUUUAAAUUACCAGAAAUUUAGAAGAAGUUAAAUUAGCAGAAGCAAUGCUGCAAGGUGUUGCUAAAGUAAGGAAGGAAGGAAGA